UGUUACAGGCGACCAUGGAGUGUCAGCGCCACUGCCGAUGCGUCGCAGCACUGGUGGUGGAGCCGGAGGCGGUGCCGGUACUGCAGGAGGCGGAGUCGGCCCGGGGGGCGGAGACCCUUCAGCCACGCCCUCGGCGGGGAUCCUAUCGCCGCGCGGUAGCGACAACGGCGGCGGCCUGGGCGUUAAAAUGGUAGAAUAUGUGCUUGGCACCUCUCCUACAUUAAAGGACGGGUCAUCGGCAGCGGCUGCCGCGGCCGCAGCUGGGCUUGAGCCGCGCAUGCGUGGACUACAUUUGGGCGGAGCUGGAGGAGCGGCCGGUGGGAGUGUGGGCGGAUCGCAGGGAGGUCCAGACGAUAAAGACAGCAAAGACGGCAAACAGAGUCCGAAAGAAGAAUGCAACGGUCAGCAAUCGCAACAGCAACAACAAGUGGUUCAGAACGGCGGACAGGUCGUCGACGACGACAAGGGUUUCAAGUAAGUCGCUGCUGCACUGAAAACUUUCUAAAUCUUAUUUGAGGCUGUGAGAUGUGUAUCGAGUUACCUGUCCGACGUUGUACAGAAUGAUACGGGAUAAAAGGCGUGCUGUGUUAACCUAGACAACGG